CAGCAGGCCGGGACCUCCCACUAAGGCCUGCCACAACCCAAGGAGGAGACAAAAGUCACCUCUUGGGCUGCAACAUUAACCGUCAUCAGGGCGCCUCCUCAUGGCGCACUGCCUCAACCCUGCCGCAGGAGGAGGUGGAGCCCGCGUUGUCGCCCCGCCCCCACCUCACGUGGCCCACGAGGCGCCGGAAGCGCGAGGGCUCAGAUGUUCCCGCUGUCUGCGAAGUUCCCGGAGACCGGAUCCCGCCGCGGGCUCGCGCUUGUGCUCGCGCUCCGGCCGCUGCGCGCGCUCGUUGCCCAUCCUCGUCCCGCCCCUAGACACCCCGGGCUCUCGGGGCAGCACAGCCAUGUGCUCCUUAGCGUCAGGCGCUACCGGCGGCAGGGGCGCUGUGGAGGAUGAGGAGGACCUGCCAGAACUGUCGGACAGCGGGGACGAGGCUGCCUGGGAGGAUGAGGACGAUGCUGAUCUCCCCCACGACAAGCAACAGACUCCCUGCCUGUUCUGUAACAGGUUAUUCACAUCUGCCGAAGAAACAUUUUCACACUGUAAGUCUGAGCAUCAAUUUAAUAUUGACAGCAUGGUUCAUAAACAUGGACUUGAAUUUUAUGGAUACAUUAAGCUAAUAAAUUUUAUUAGACUCAAGAAUCCUACAGUUGAGUACAUGAAUUCCAUAUACAACCCAGUGCCUUGGGAGAAAGAAGAGUAUUUGAAGCCAGUAUUAGAAGAUGACCUUUUACUUCAAUUUGAUGUGGAAGAUCUUUAUGCACCGGUGUCAGUACCCUUCUCAUACCCGAAUGGACUCAGUGAAAAUAUAUCUGUUGUUGAAAAAUUGAAACGUAUGGAAGCCAGGGCACUGUCUGCUGAAGCCGCAUUGGCUAGAGCACGUGAGGAUCUGCAAAAAAUGAAACAAUUUGCUCAGGAUUUUGUGAUGAACGCAGAUGUCAGAACCUGCUCGUCAUCUACUAGUAUCAUUGCGGACCUCCAGGAGGAUGAGGACGGUGUUUAUUUCAGCUCAUACGGGCAUUAUGGGAUACAUGAAGAAAUGCUAAAGGACAAAAUACGAACAGAAAGCUACCGAGAUUUCAUAUACCAGAAUCCACAUAUCUUCAAAGACAAGGUAGUUUUGGAUGUUGGGUGUGGGACUGGAAUUCUCUCUAUGUUUGCUGCUAAAGCUGGGGCGAAGAAGGUUCUUGGAGUUGAUCAAUCCGAAAUACUUUACCAGGCAAUGGAUAUUAUAAGACUAAAUAAACUUGAAGAUACUAUUACACUAAUUAAAGGAAAGAUUGAAGAAGUUCAUCUUCCUGUAGAAAAAGUGGAUGUUAUUAUAUCUGAGUGGAUGGGCUAUUUUCUUCUGUUUGAGUCUAUGUUAGAUUCUGUCCUUUAUGCAAAGAACAAAUACUUGGCAAAAGGAGGCUCGGUCUACCCUGACAUUUGCACUAUCAGCCUUGUAGCAGUGAGUGAUGUGAAUAAACAUGCUGAUAGAAUUGCUUUUUGGGAUGAUGUCUAUGGCUUCAAGAUGUCCUGCAUGAAGAAAGCAGUUAUUCCAGAAGCUGUUGUGGAAGUUUUAGAUCCGAAGACUCUUAUUUCAGAACCUUGUGGUAUUAAGCAUAUAGAUUGCCAUACAACAUCUAUCUCAGAUUUGGAGUUUUCAUCAGAUUUUACCCUGAAAAUCACAAAGACAUCCAUGUGCACGGCAAUUGCUGGCUACUUUGAUAUAUAUUUUGAGAAGAAUUGCCACAACAGGGUCGUGUUCUCUACGGGCCCUCAGAGCACCAAAACACACUGGAAACAAACAGUAUUUCUACUGGAAAAACCAUUUUCAGUUAAAGCAGGUGAAGCCUUGAAAGGAAAGGUCACAGUUCACAAGAAUAAGAAAGAUCCACGUUCUCUCACCGUGACCCUCACAUUGAAUAAUUCAACUCAAACUUACGGUCUCCAGUGAAAAAGCCAUAAAAGCACACUACCUUGUUUUUAAUGUGGGGUAGAGUGAGUCAGCAGGAGGGAGCCGCUUUUAUGUGAGCAGACGGAUGGAUGAUGGACCCCUCCCUAAUGAGCCUUCUUAAUAAGAGAAGUUCUUACUGUGAGAAUCUGACAUAGUUCAGCUGAGGAAGAGAAUCAGCUGAUCCUCGUGGUCUGCCACGUAACCAUUUUCUUAGAAGUUUGCUCCACCAGAUUUAACCAAAUAUAACUCCCGCCUUAAGUUUAUCUAUAUAGAAAAUUAUUUACAUUGGCCUGUAUUUGGAAGAGAGAUAGUCUUUUGUUUUUAAUAAGUUUCUUACUAUAAAUUUUAAACAAAUUGGCUAUUGGGAUGUUUUAUUAAACUAGUAACACAGGUAGUACAUAUUUUAUUACGGACUCCUCAGAAGAGGAGUUGUUUUUAAUUAUAUUAUUUGCUAGAAAAUCAGGAUGUAAUAAAGAUUAGUGUAAAAAAUCUAAAAUAUGGAAAAUAGCUUCAGCCUUCUUAUACAAAUCAUAUAUGCAGACAGCCUAAUUGAUUAAGGUUCUCAUUUUGUAGUUUCUUCCCUCUUUGUAACUAUUCCUUAGCCUUAUAGAUUUUUAGUACUUCCCAGGAAAUCUAAUUUCAAUACAUUUAUCCUAGGUUUCAUGAAAGUUUUUAAAGAUUGGGAUAAAUAUGUACUUAUUUACUAAUGUAUCAUCUCUUUCAAACUAGAUUUAUGUGCAAAGGUUAAACAUGUAACUGUUACUGUACUUAGUACUCUAUAAAGUUGUCAUUUACAAUUACUGAUUCAAUUUGAAAUGUAGAAAGAAAAAGCUUCAAUAAAAUGUAUCAACUUAUAAAAUAUUUUUAAAAUAUUUAUAUUAUAAAAAGUUUCAAUAAAACGUAUCAAACAA